GUGAGAGAGAGGAGCUCAAUUUGACCGCCAAUCGCCUGAUGGGCCGCACCCUCACGGUGGAGGUGUCGGUGGAAACCAUCCGCAAUGCCCAGCAGCAGGAGUCCCUGCAGCACGCCACCAAGAUGAUCGACGAGAUCGUCAGCAAGCUCCUGGAUGACCUGGAGGAUGCCAAAAUCCGCCUCAUCUCGCUGUACGGAGCCUGCACCUCGGACGUGCCCGCGGGCCCCAUCGAUCAGAAGUUCCAGUCGGUGGUGAUCGGCUGCGCCAUCGAGGACCAGAAGAAGAUCAAGCGGCGCCUAGAGACUCUGCUGCGGAACCUGGAGAACUCCGAGAAGUCCAUCACGCUGCUGGAGCACCAGAAGCCGUCGGUGCGGCAGUCCUGCAACAGCAAACAGGAUUGA